AUGAGUCGUAGGCUCUCGACACGGCAGCAAAAUAAUGUCCGGAAGACGCCUGUCACAGCAGAACCCGUCAGCCCAGAUCCGGAUGAGAACUUGCCCCCCACGGUAAACUUCAUCGGCGUGAAACAAUACUUCACAGAGGAACAGCGACUUAGAUCGUUCACUUCACCGCCCACGCGUAAACGGCAGUCCAAUUCAAAGAAGGGGUCAAAAUCUACAAAAUGGAGUUGGCCGGCAGGCCACCCUGCCCCAGAGCUGAUGGCUCGGGCUGGUUUUUAUUUUAAGCCGACGCAAGGCGAAGAAGAUAAUUCUGCAUGCUUUUUGUGCCAGAAAAACAUGUCAUUCUGGGAAACAGAAGAUGAUCCGGCUGAGCAACAUGGCCGGCAUGGUACUACAUGUGGAUGGGCGCUCACAAUGUGCCGGGAUUUGGUCGCGGAUGGGAAGAUAAUUGCUGAGCCUCUUGGAGAGGAAAUGUGUCGAGCACGGCGGAUGACAUUUGAUCAGUGGUGGCCCCACGAUGAUAAAAAAGGGUGGAUCCCAACUGUGGAAAAGGUUGUAAUGGCGGGUUUCAUAUUCAGGCCCCGGUGCGAGGGCGAUGACACGGUUUUCUGUCCUUAUUGCUCACUGUCCAUUGAUGCGUGGGAAAAGGACGACGAUCCAAGAGAAGCACAUAAUUCAUUGGGGUCAGGAACCUGUUUAUUUUUACAGCAUACAAACAAUUCGGUUUCCACCGCUGAGGAGAAGAAAGAAAGCAACCUUGUUGAGCCAACUGACGCUGGAGAAGUUAAGGAAGAGAAGUCCGGACCGAGGAGAAGGGUUUCCCGUGCCCGGAAGACCCCCACAAAUCAACGAAAAAAGACAACCCCUAAGAAUAAGUUAGACCACGAUAAUCAGCAUGAUAUAGGCUCUAAAGUUGGGGAUGAAGACGACAUAAAGGAAUCAAGCAAGCUAGCGCGUGGGAAAAAAAGAGGGAGUGCAGCGAUGGAGGAAGGUGGCAAGAAGCUGCUAUUUUCGAACGAGGAAGAUAAAGUAACCAAGGUCGUGGACAGGCAGCGGCUUCUUGCCGAGGGUAAAGAAAUCCAGAACCCCCGCUUGACUAAGCGUCGAGUUACAAGGGCCAGUAUGGCGAACCAGCCCUCGGCCUCAAACCCUACUGCUCGCGUCCCAGACUGCGCCGCCGGCGUGGAUGAUAGCGAUGCAGAGUCCGCUAGUUGCCACAAUACCUCGAUGAAACUAAAGCCGAGAGAAAAGAAGAGAGCCACCCAACCAUCAGCUACAGGGGCUAAAAUAGGAAGAGCAGCGAAAAAGGUCACGUCAAAAACGCCUCUAAAUGUUCAUCGCCCGAGCGACGAAGAGGUCGAUAGGGAGCUAGAGCGCAAGAUCACGGAGGGAUUCGGGGUGGCAGAUGGUGACAAUAUGAAAGAAGCGGAUUCCUUAGUUCCUGCUCCUAAUGUUGAGGACCUAGGCGAUUCUAAUGAGCCUAUGGAGUCCGGUAUCACUCAAGAGUCAAACAAAAAUACCACCCACAGAUUGACGAAGACAAAGCCAAUACCUCGAAGCCCUCCUAGCGCUGUCUCAAGUGGCCUUCCCAAGGGUCAACUACAUACACAACCAAAACCGCGGCGCAAAAGGCUAACACGGACCAAGCCUCAAACCUCGGACUCUACGGAUACCCAAUCGGUGUCCGAAGAUGUCACUAGUUUAGAAGAACUCAAUGGUAUCGAACACGCACCAGAAAUCUUUCCGAGUCCCCACGACGUGCCUGGUGACGCUACCUCAUCAGGUGAAGCGGGGGGCCAUGAGGCCCUCUCGGACUAUCAAGUCCAACCUCCAAUCUCCGAGCAGGGUGAAGUUGCACCCCCAAAUUUAGAGCUAGGGCCUAUGCCGAAGAUUUCGGGAACAGCUCUAACCGUGGGUUCGCUAUCGGCUGAGGCUGCUGUCGAGAUACCUUCUGCUGCCAAGGAAUCCGAAAACCCACCUCAAGAAAGCAGCCAGGGUCCCCAGAAAACAGCGUCUGCCCAAAUUGCCCAGACUCGUUCCGCAUCGAUCUCUCCCACUAAGGAUAAGGACAUGAAACGAAAAUCUGAUGUAGUGAUGGAUGACGGUCAAGACAGGCGGACUAGUAAGAAGAGGAAAAUGGUAAAGACAAUUAAGGCAGCGAAGCCCCGAGUAAACCUCAAAAAGAAAGACAAUGCGCCAGAAACCCAGGAACCCGACAACCCUGUGUUACUACUGGGCGUGCAGCCUCCCCAUAAUUCCACUCCCAGCACAGCCCUCGAGGAGAGUGCAGCGCAAGCCGAAGUGCCAUCUAGUCACGAAGACUCUACUGUGGAAGAACAGGGGACGAUUAUGGACGACUAUGGAGGUAAUCAAGCUAUCGGCGGCAUAGGAGAAGCAAAGUCAACAAUAAUUCCAGGAUCAACCUCUGAAGAUAAUACCAUCGAUGUUAUCCUGAAUGGCUAUGCGCGUCCGCAUGAGCCAUCCCCUAAGAAAACGUCUCAUGCGGAUGUUGCACCAAAAUCCAAGACCGAUAAAACCCCAUCUUCACCUAGUAUAUCGAGCGAUAAUGAGUCUUUGGAUAGUAUCCAGAACACCCAAUUCUCGAUGCCUACUUCUCAGAUGACGGUAGCAACUAGCUUCCAGGGGUCCAUUAAAGGCGUGAGCUUUAUAGAGAAAACCGAAGAACCAUUGCCAACGAAACAAGAUGCCUCUGCGGUUGAGAAUGUUCGGGAACAGUCAGUCAUAAUGUCCCCCAAGCAAUCGCGCACACCGCUUUCUGUUCUAUCGAAAUCACGUAACGGAGCAUUGGCAUUAAUGACUCCCCGAACCCGAGCGGAAGACAUCUCAUUUGCUCCAGUUCAGUCACAGAAGCCAUGGGAAUCAACAGAUGUUGAACUCUAUAUCGAUGGAUUAAAAGAAAAUCAGGAAAUGCAGCUACACGCAAGAGGUUUGCCUGUGUCUGAACGUGACAUGACCGUUGCCGAAUGGAUUAUGGAUGUGUCGAAACGGGCGGAGAAGCAGCUUGUACAAAAAGGCGAGCUUCUUGUGAGAUUAUUCGAAGAUGAAGCUGAGCGUGCCAUUGCGGCCAUUGAGGCCAUUGAGACGGAAUAG